CAGGUUUGUCUUGUGUUGCUAAGUGGUUUCAAUACAUUCACACACACAUUCUCCAUAGUGGAACAGCACAGCUCUUGUUGGCUGGACUAAAACAAGAAACAGGAGAGGAACAGGAGCUCAGGCGGGACAGUCAAGGAAUUGCAGAUGUUCAGAAAGUUCAGCUGUGAUGCAGGAGUUGGAUGUCUUCAAAAAUGAGCUGGAGAUAAAGGCUUACAUCUGUCUCCAAAACCAAGGGUGUUUCUUCCAAUGCCGGUCAACAAAACGGUGAAGGCAGAGUGAGUAAGUUUAACUACAUCCUAUCUGUUUACAAAAUGCCUGUGGAGACUCUUCAACACCCAGCAAGACGGCCUGUGAGGACCGCUGUAGCUGCCACUCCCCCGCGUUUACGUCCGAAGGGGCCGGUGGGACCAGAUUUCUAUCGGCAGUGCCUGGCAGCAGCUGGAAGACCAAAGCAGAGUGCAGUGGAGCGGCUGGAAGCAGACAAAGCCAAAUAUGUGAAGAGUCAAGUCGCUCUUUGCAAGCAGCAGCCGGUCAGGCCUCCUGAAGCCCGUAAACCUCUGCUGAUGCCCAGGUCUGCCCUGCAGCCCACCAGAAAGACCCCAGUCCAAACAAAACCAAAGCAGGAGGCUGUCCCGCUAGACUUGGAACACCUGAGCAACCUAAUCAGCGGUGUGAACGACGGACCCCCAACCCCCAACACUGGGCCCUCAGAGGACAAGAAGUCUCCAGAGUAUGUUUGCCCUACACCUGAAGGAGCUGAAAACCAGAAAAAGGAGAGGCCAUGUCCGCCUCCACGCCCCAAUUGGUCCAGUCCAGCCAAAGUGAGAUUGAAAGCCUCUGGGCCAGCCAAAACAGAUAGUCCGGUUUCUUCUGGUCCACCUGCAGGGACGGUACGCAGAGUGGAUGUCAUGCCUCAGGCCACCUCUGCCAGGCCGCCCUGCAGACCAGCGCAGUACAUCCGCCAACCACUUCAGCCCAUAUCUUUACAUUCCCAGUUUCAGCUCCGCCAGACAUCUUCACACCUGCGUCUGUUUCAUCCCAGACUCACACCCGGUCCUGCUCCUCUGAAACCUGUUGUUGCCCCAUCGAAACCUGAAAAUCCUCCAUCUUCUCCAGUCAGAGCUGCUGCUGCUCCUGCUGCUCCUUCUCCCCCAAACCUCCCUCUUCCAAUUUUCCCUCCCCCAUCCCCAGCAAUCACCCGUUUGUCCUCCACCAGCUCCAGAAAACGUCCCUCUCUGACCCGAUCCAAGUCAGAUAUGAGUGACCGGUACUCCCGGGCUGGGACAGACCUGGAGCGUUUCUUCAACCUGUGUGGUUUGGACCCUGCAGACCUACAGGAGCUGACCGGAUCCUCUUCUGAUAUUGUCUCCCUGGCCCGUUUUCGCAGUGUGAGUGCUCCGGGGUCUGAAUGUGCAGGAUCUGGCAGAGAACAUGAGGAUGAGGAGGAGGAGGAAGAUGCUGGUAAUGCUGCAGAGCGUGUUCCCUAUGGCGUCUCUGUAAUUGAGAGAAAUGCUAGAGUUAUCAAAUGGCUUUAUGGACUCCGUCAGGCCAAGGACAAUGCAAAUAAGAGCACUGAUUUAUAGGAACAGGAUGAACUUUGAAAUAAUAACAAAAAAUAUAUCAAAACAUUUAAUUAAGCUGGAAACAGGGUUGUGAAUGUAUGACAAGUGGAUUAAAACGGGAAUGCCAAGUUAUUACCAUCUGAUUGAUUGAAUAUUGUUUUCCUUUUUUAAUUGAUAUUUUGCCCAUUCCUCUGUUAAGGGGUGUUUUUUUGUUUUGUUUUUUUUUGUUAUAGGACAAUAAUAAAUAUGUAAAUUCUUUAUUUUGUUGAAUUUUCUAUUUAAACUGUAGUCUUGUAAUGGGGUUGACUUAACCCUGUUGUUGUUACUGUCUGUCGCAGUCUGCAGUGACACAUACAGUGAAUAAAUCAUAUUCUGUGGAUGUAAGUGGAUGUCAUUAAAGAUUGAAUCA